AUGCAAGCACAAGUUCAGUUGAAUGUUGGGACUUCUCAGGCACCUCAACCAAUUGAUCUUUCAAUUGCUGCUGUGGGGAAACCGAAGAAUUUUAAUAAUUUCAUGGAUCUUAAGCCACCAGAGUAUGUUCCAUCUUUAGUUGCAAAUCAGAGGGAGAAAGUAAGAAGAUUUAUGGAUGGACUUGAGGCGCAUUAUAGUGGUCCAGCGAUAGGCGAUAUACGUAAUGGGUUCUAUUCUGAGGUGUUUGACACUGCUCUUCGUUCGGAGUCCUAUUAUAAGAUGGAAAGGACUAAUCGAGCAAACAAAAGGGCAUCUAGACAGGGAGAACAACAGAUGAAAAGGAAGGGUAACAAUUCUUCUCAGUCAAGUCAGCAUCCGUGGUGUUCCAAGUAUGGUAGAAAUCACAGUGGUCGUUGUUACGGAACAAAUAGGGCUUGCUAUACUUGUGGUGAGCAGAGACAUAUUGCUAAGUUUUGUCCUAAGGGAGAUUCUGGGUCUAGUCAAGCUACUACUCAGAUGCAAAGAAAUGUUGCAGGAGCACAAACCCAAGCUCAGCCGAUUAGAGCUGCUCCAUAG